CGCGCCUCUGCGUCGGAAAUAAUCGCGAUUCGCGACUGCCGGGCGGCGGGCAGUGUACCGUCUAAUUCCGUGGCGUGCGUAUACGUCGUAGUGUSUCACGUGACCGCCGUUCCGAUCUAUUGGUGACGCACAAAUCAUUUUUCACGGUUCUCGUARAAAACAAUGUCAUAUUGUAAACGUUAAAAACAAUUUUCACGUUCAGUAAGCUCGUUCUACAACUGUUAUAGAAUUGUGCUCGUGUGAUACCGUUUCCGUCGCACACAUAUAUUAUAUAUACAUAACAUAUAUAAUAUACGUAUGGAUUGUGAUCGCCACUGGUAGUGGUUGUUUCGGUGGUGUAUCCCAUCUCAUUAUCGUGCAAUAAUAAUAACAUGUAAUAUUCUGCUCGAGGCCAACCGAUCCACGGUUUCCUGUUAAUGGUAUCUUCUGCAUUCACAUGGUGAGCUCUAUUUUACCGGCGGUGCAUUCAAACUUUCUUCGAUGAGAAUCACAUCUCUGUUUAUUUGAUGGUACUAGAACUGAAAGGAGAGCCUAGCACUGAUGGAAUCCAAAAUCGAAUUGGAAUUAAAGGGGUUUCCUAUACAUCUAACGAAGGCCAUAAAAAAGAAUUCGUUCAUAUUGAAAUUGACAUGCCUCCAGCUAAUGGACAUUUAAAUGAACGUCAAAGACAGCCAUUGUUGGGUUUAUGUAAACAAGUAACAACAGCCAUUAGUAAUGGUGUUGGUUGGGAAUCAAGAAAUGAUUCAAAUACAGACAAUUGUGAGCAUCAACGACCAAAUAUGGGUCAUACACACCAAGCCUUGGAGGAUAACAAACAUCAACCUGAUAGUGGGACAACACCUGCUGAAGAUGAAAUUGGAUUUAGUCACAAAUAUCUCAACAACAAUGCUAAUGGAGCAGCUGUGCACAUCGAUAUACCAAAUAAUGUUAAUGUAUUGCCAUCAAAUGAUAAAAUUAGGAUCCCACAGGAGAAAUUUAAGACUUUUGUUGCAUUAAUAUUGUUGAUUGUGAAUUUUUUGAUCACUACAACAUCCUUGGCUGUUGUCCAUGAAAGAGUGCCUGAUCGUAGUCUGUACAAACCAUUACCGGAUACAUUUUUAGAUGCUGUACCUGCUCGAGACUGGGCAUUAGAUGUAUCAGAAAUAUUUAUCAUUGUCAGCACAAAUUUAACAUUGUUAAUUAUUGCCAGUCAUAAGUAUAGGUUUAUUGUACUACGUAGACUGAUGUUCAUGUUGUCUCUUCUAUAUCUUCUUCGCUCUGUUACUAUGUUUGUAACUGUAUUGCCCACAUCUAGUACCACUUAUUAUUGUUCACCCAAAGCAAACUCAACAAACCCAUUACUAAUUGUUAGACGUGUAUUCCAGUUAUUUUCUGGUUUUGGUUUAUCAAUCAAUGGCAAACACACAUUUUGUGGCGAUUAUAUAUAUAGUGGACAUACAACAAUUUUAGUGAUGAGCUACUUAAUUACUGUUGAAUACUCUCCCAGGCGAUGGUAUUUAUUGCAUUGGGCUUCAUGGUUGAUGGCAGCUGUUGGAGUAUUAAUGGUACUCAUAGCACACGGUCACUAUACUAUUGAUGUGAUUAUUGCAUAUUUGGUUACUACACGACUAUUUUGGAUAUACCAUACAUUAGCUAACAAUGUUUAUCUAAAGCAUAGCAGUUCCAAUAACUACUUAUCACGGACAUGGUGGUUUUGGAUGUUCAGAUACUUUGAAGGAAAUAUUAAUGGCCCAAUACCUCGUCAAUAUAAUUGGCCUUUACCAUGGCCUCGACGUUUCACAGCCGCCAAAUAUCCCAAUCGAGAUAGUUAGCCCAGGUUGCAAGUUUCGUCUAAAAAAAAUGUUCCUUGGCUGUAAAAUAAUAUAAAAUAUAAAACAAUAUCACCAUAAAUCAAUUAACAUUUCCAUACUUACAAAUAUUCCUACUUCUUUGACAUAUAUACAUGCGUUUAUUUGUUUUUUAAAAUUUAAUAUAUAUAUAUAUAUAUAUAUAUAUUGUUACACACCAAUUGU